GCGGCGGCCGCCGGAGCCCCGAGCCGAGCGACGCCCGCGGGCCGCCGCGGCAGCAGGUCAAGCUUUCCAGCUUCGUUCGUACCUUUUAUGAGGAGAGGAAAUGACUUCAUCAGAAGUGGCUCCAAGUUGGUCGUUCUUGCUCUGCCUUCCUACCAAAGGGACUUGCAGGGAGGAAAACGCCGCAGCCAGUCCCUGAGGACUUUCGGGAGGUGUCUGCCUUGAUCGGGCUGGAGAUUAAAAAUGACAACUUCGUCGAUUAGGCGGCAGAUGAAAAACAUUGUGAACAAUUAUUCGGAGGCUGAAAUAAAAGUGCGAGAAGCGACUUCCAAUGAUCCUUGGGGUCCGUCCAGCUCCUUAAUGACGGAAAUCGCAGACCUGACUUACAAUGUGGUGGCCUUCUCCGAAAUCAUGAGCAUGACCUGGAAGCGGCUGAACGACCACGGCAAGAACUGGAGGCACGUUUACAAGGCUUUGACGCUGUUGGAUUACCUGAUCAAAACCGGGUCCGAACGGGUGGCCCAGCAGUGCAAGGAGAAUAUCUUCGCUAUCCAGACGUUGAAAGACUUUCAGUACAUUGACCGGGAUGGGAAGGACCAGGGCAUCAACGUGCGAGAGAAGUCCAAGCAGUUGGUAUCCCUGCUGAAGGACGAUGACCGGCUCAAGACCGAGAGGGCCCAGGCCUUAAAGACCAAAGAGCGCAUGGCUCAGGUGGCCACCGGGGUUGGUAGCAAUCAGAUCACCUUUGGCAGAGGAUCCAGUCAGCCUAAUCUGUCCACCAGCUAUUCGGAGCAAGAAUACGGCAAAUCUGGGGGCUCCCCGGCUUCCUACCACGGGUCUACAUCACCUAGAGUGUCUUCAGAACUGGAGCAGGCGCGACCUCAGACCAGUGGGGAAGAGGAACUCCAGUUGCAGCUGGCUUUGGCCAUGAGCAGAGAAGUUGCGGAGCAGGAAGAGCGCCUUCGCCGUGGCGAUGAUCUGAGAUUGCAGAUGGCUUUGGAGGAGAGUCGCAGAGACACCGUUAAAAUUCCCAAAAAGAAGGAGCACACGGCUUUGCUGGAUCUCAUGGAUGCUCUGCCGUCUUCGGCCAGCCCUGUCCCGAAAGGAGAGCGUUGGAAGCCGCCAGCUGCAGUGAACCAGGCCGACCCUUGGGGGGGUGCUGCAGUCAGCACCGUCACCUCCGAUCCGUGGCAGUCAUUUGGUGCCAAACCAGCAACCUCCGUCGAUCCGUGGGGAGCCCCUGAAGCAUCCUCAGCUGCUCAGCCUCUCCCAAAGAAUGCAGAUCCUUGGGCUCCUUCCCAGCCAUCGUCCAUGGCAACGAAAGCAGCCGUGGACCCUUGGGGACCAGCACCAGUAAACAAGCCAAUUUCUGCUUCUGGUAGUAAAUCUUUCGACCUCUUCAGCAAUUUGAACGGGGCGAUUAAAGAUGACUUUUCUGAAUUCGACAGCCUCCGGACAUCUAACAGACAAGGUUCUGCUUUGUCAGCUCAGAACAGCGGGACCACCAGUCCUGACCUCUUGGAGUCCCAGCCAGCUAACUCCUCUUUGAGUAAACUGAGUGCAGCUCGGAAAACCCCCGAGUCUUUCUUGGGCUCCAACGCUGCUUUGGUGAAUCUGGAUUCCUUGGUGUCUAGGCCGCCCCAACCAGCACCAUCCCUCAAUCCUUUCUUGGCGCCAGGGUCCGUGGCAUCGGUGGCUUCUCCUUCUCCGGCUGCAGCCAACCCCUUCCAGGUGAACCAGCCUCAGCCCCUCACGCUCAACCAGAUGCGGGCCAGCCCCAUCCUGGGGAGCAGCCUGUCCUUCAACGCUGUGCCAGCCACGGGGCUGGAACCAGGACCUCUUCCUUCGGUGGCCCCCGUGGCCCUGGCCCCCGUGCCAGCCAUGGGCACGGUGGCCUCUCUAGCCAGAAUGGGCCAGGGAGUGAGCAUGACGGGGCCCGUGGCACAGCCUCUUCACCACCCUGGGAUCCCUCCCUCGGUCUCUCAGCCAGCAAAUGCUACUAACCCUUUCCUCCUAUAGAGGCCUGGAGUGUGAAGCCUCCCGUGGGAAAGGUUUGCAGAGCAUCUGAGCUUGGCUUGGGGUGGACUGUGAGCGCCGGAGAGUGGGUUGCUGGGCUGGCGGGCUGCUGUCGCGUUCUGUGGGCGUUCCCUCUGCCCUUUGCCAUUUAAGGAGACCUGCCCUUUUGCUGCAGAUGGUACUUUGCAUUUUGGCUCCUGGCAGCCCUGCAGAAACGCUUCGGCGUUGGUCACCAAAGUCGGGUUUCUGCUCCCUCCCCUCCCCCUUUUUAUUAAUCAUUUCAGUGUCAUAGGAAGACUGCCAUCUUCAGUAGCCCCCCCUGUUGUUUCGAAGACCAUAAGCUGCACUCAGAAGUGCUACGGCCCAAGCCAGUCCGAGCCCCGUGCUUGUAAAAAUACGUUUGAAACUCAAGAGUGCUGGUGAACAUGUUUGCACAUAACCAUAUACUCUUCUAGACUGUUGGUUCACCCAUAGUCCUUAUAAUUCUUGGGGAAAGAGGCAUCUGGCGUGCCCAGACGUUUGUUUCUGUAUAUCCUUGCACACUAAAAUGUUGUAGCAUAAAACUGUGCCCCCCCUUUUCCUCCUCUUGAGAAUUGGGUGGGAGGGGUUGGUGUGGACGGAAGGAGCAAGCUUGUCCAGAGGAGGAGAACGGCAGAAGCGAGUUCUGUGAAGUCCUGGAAGCUUGCGUGAAGCCCUGCCAGUGUGCUGUUGUGUACGCAGUGUUGAAUUUCUACACUUACACGGACUGUCCAUGACUUCUGUCUGAAUGGCUGGCGUGCUGCACUUGUGUUCGGGACUGGUUUGGGCUCUGUGCUUGUCUGAUAGUGACUUCAUUUGGAAAUUACUAUACAUGCUCUUUUAAUUUGACUUGCAAUGCAAGUUCUGAAAAGCAUCUGGUGGAAAAUACCGAAGUAAUAUGGUGGCGUGGGAACUGAUUUUGGGUGACCUUUUGUUAUUAUGCAGUAAUCCUUGUAUACUUUUGCACUUUUGAGGAUAGUACCAUUUUGGAUUUGAGUUGGCAAGGCCGGCCGUCUGUUUCACUCUUGCUGGUUUUUAUAAUGUUCUUAUUUAACAGUCAAUAGUUUUGAUAGACUUAUCAGGUUUAGUGGAAAAAUCAAGAUUCCGUCUUUCUUUUCCAAUUCUUUCCUUUUUUGAUUUAAUGUCUUUUAUUUAUAUACAAAUAUUUUAGCUCUUGGUUUUCAUAAAGAGGAUUUUAAAGGGAACAUUGACAGACCUCCUGCUUUUCAACGAAGUCAUUUGUUUUGGGAAUGGAAACACUCCCGUGCCGUGGGUUUCAAGAGGAAUAUGGCCAAGGUGACCUUUAAAAGGAAAACACUACAGUUGCCUUUCUGUUUCCCUGCUUUAUGAAUACAUCUUCCCCACUCUGUGUAGAAAAAGUCCUGGAAGCCUUUGACAGGUAGAAGGUCACGGGAAAAUAAAUGACUUCUCUCUGGCAAUACUUUCAGCAACUUAAAAAACAAAACGCUGCUGUAUGAAUGUUACUUUUAAUUAACUAAGUUCUUCUGACUAAAGAUGCUCUCCACGGAGAUAAGCGGCUCUGUUUACAGUCUUUGCUGGAAAGUAAACGUUCGAUUCUUCGGGCUCAUUUUUUUCUCUAAGCCAUACCCGGGUUUAAGUGGUUAGUAACUGCUUAAAAAAAGCUUACUUUUCAAAUGGCAACUUCAAGGAAGCACACACAAACGUGUGUGCCCACACAGAUGUUCUCAGCAGAGCUAGAUGAGGUCAGAACAGCUGUUGGGUGGCUUUUAAUAGUUUAGUUUUGAAAGAAAGAUCAAUGUCAGGAGGUCUGUUUGGGGGUGAGCUGACUAUGCCAGUUGGGGGUCAAGGUGAGGUUUCUCAGAGGGUGGUGGGUGGCUUGAAGACGGCAAGAGGGGUCCAGUUGCUGGUGACCUUGAGGGGAGAUAUCUGUGACUCCCAGAACACCAGUGUUACAGGCAGAUGUUGUGAGGUUAAGGCAGACAGGCAACUGCCUCCCAACUGCCUGCUGCCCCCAUUUCUCAUGGUAUUUCUUUUAGCUUGCUGCAGGGUUGUUGUGUUUGUACCUCACAACAGGUCCUUUCACUCUGAGUAGCAGUGAACACCCUAGAUUGGCCUUCCCCCAUCCAGGUCCUCUUCCAGCUUCUGUCCCUGUGCUGUGUGGCCAGCAAGGCCUUUGUGGUCCCUGGAGAAUGCCUACUUGAAAAAGGGUUUCCUCAUUUAUGUUUGCCCAAGUGGAAAAAUUCCUUACUAUGGAGCUAAACCAGGUAAGGUAUGCUAAAUAAGUAUUUUAUCUGAAGUCGACAUGAAAGUUUUUGACUCACGUAGAUUUUUUCUUCAGUAGCCAAAGUUUUUAAAAGCGCUUAAGUUAAACACAUCAUCUUCCUGGUAACGCUUUCCUUCAAAUUAAUAUAGACUAACAACAUUUACUGUCCCUUCUUCUCUUUUGCCUCCUAACCCCUUUGUCCAUGAAGCGACCUAAGCUUUAGAAUGCUCCAAAAGGGACUUUCUAGUUAAAUUAAUUAAAAAUUUUCUUUAUUUGCUUAAUUUCUACCCCAUCUUUCCUCUAGAAGCUUAAUGUGACAUACGCGGUGCCCCUUCCUCUAAUUCCACCCCCUGCACAACCUAAUGGGGUAGACUGAGCUGAGAGCGUAACUGGCCCCAAAGUCACCAGUGAACUUUCAUGGCUGAGGGUGGACUUAAUUCUACCAGUCAAAGGUCAGCCUAUCUACCUUUCCUUCUUGCAUUGAGUUUUGGAGUAUGAAAAAAGAUGACAUGCAGGCAUGGGCAAAUGGGUGAGGGUUAGAGAUAGGAGAUGGAGUUGUCUGGUCAUGCACAUAUGAACAGGGAAGGGACAGGGAUAAAAUUCUAGGAACCAGAUAGGCAAUUCUCCAAGAACAGGCUUGUCUGGAAGCCCCCUAAUUCAAGGAAAGCUAUCACACCCAUCCUAUUUCUCUGUCUCCAACUAUUUUUAAUGCACAUUUUGUAUGAGUAUUGCUUAAACUGUGGAGGAAUAUCUAGUCUGUUUUGGUUUUUGUGGCAGAAUCUUACAAAUGUAAGGAAACGCUUCUAAAACGUUUGAACGUUGGGAGCAGGCUACUUUUGAUCUGUGCUGUUGAAUUUUUACUGUAUGGAUAUAAUUUAUCAUUUGUACCGUUGUAUCAUAACGUUCCCUUAUUGCAGAAAUGUGAUGGUCACUCAGCCGUAGAAAGGUGGGGCUUGUCAGAAUUCAGUGUCUUGUCAGAAUUAAACACGUAUUGCUUAUA